ACUCUGCUACAUACUCUCCUCGUAAAAUCCACAGGAAAAAAAAAGGAGUGGAGCGCGCGUCCAUUUCUGUCCGACUUGUGCUCCCAAGUGCGCCGGCGCCGGCACGUAGCCAUGACCAUCAAAGAUGAGCAGCAGCCGCUGCACAUCCUCUUCUUCCCGUUCCUCGCGCCCGGACACCUCAUCCCGGUCGCCGACAUGGCCGCGCUCUUCGCCGCCCGCGGAGUCAAGUGCACCAUCCUCACCACCCCCGUAAACGCCGCCGUGAUCCGCUCGGCGGUCGACCGUGCGAACGAGGCCUUCCGCAGCACCGAUGCGCCGGCCAUCGACAUCACCGUCGUGCCCUUCCCCGACGUCGGGCUGCCCCCGGGCGUCGAGAGCGUCCCGGCCCUUAACUCCGACGCCGAAGGCGACAAGUUCUUCCACGCGAUCCAUCGCCUCCGCGAGCCAUUCGACCGGUUCUUGGCGGAGAACCGCCCCGACACCGUCGUGGCUGACAGUUUCUUCGACUGGUCCUUGGACGCCGCUUCGGAGAACGGUGUCCCGCGUCUGGCGUUCCUCGGCAGCAGCAUGUUUGCGCGGGCGUGCAGCAACAGCAUGCUGCGCAACAACCCGGCGGAGGCUGCCCCCGACGACCCCGACGCCCUCGUGGCCCUGCCGGGUCUGCCGCGCCGCGUCGAGCUGAGGCGGAGCCAAAUGAUGGACCCCAAGAAGCGGCCGGAGCACUGGGCCUUUUUCCAGAGAGUGAACGCCGUGGAUCAGGAGAGCUAUGGCGAGUUGUUCAACAGCUUCCACGAUCUGGAGCCGGACUACUUCGAGCACUACACCACGACGCUCGGCCGCCGCGCGUGGCUCGUCGGGCCGGUCGCACUCGCCAGCAAGGACAUGGCGACGAGGGGCACCAACGGGCUCUCGCCGGACGCGGACGGCUGCCUUCGGUGGCUCGACGCGAAGCCGGCGGGCUCGGUGGUGUACGUCUCCUUCGGCACGCUGUCCCUUUCCUCGCCGACAGAGCUGCGCGAGCUCGCGCGCGGCCUCGACCUGUCAGGCAAGAACUUCGUCUGGGUCAUCGGCGGGGCGGCCACCGAGGAAUCGGAAUGGAUGCCCGACGGCUUCGCGGAGCUGAUGGCGCGCGGCGAGCGCGGGCUCAUCAUCCGGGGCUGGGCGCCGCAGAUGCUGAUCCUGAACCACCAGGCCGUGGGCGGGUUCGUGACGCACUGCGGGUGGAACUCGACGCUGGAGUCCGUGAGCGCCGGCGUGCCGAUGGUGACGUGGCCGCGGUACGCGGACCAGUUCUACAACGAGAAGCUCGUCGUGGAGCUGCUCAAGGUCGGGGUCGGCGUGGGCUCCGCAGACUUCGCGUCGAAGUUUGAGGCUCGCCGCGUGAUCGGCGGCGAGGCGAUCGCGGAAGCAAUCGGGAGAGUGAUGGGCGACGGGGAGGGGGGGGAGGCGAUACGGGAGAAGGCCAAGGAGCUCGGGGAGAAGGCCAGGGGCGCGGUGGAGAAGGGCGGGUCCUCGUACGAUGACGUUGGGCGGCUGGUGGACGAGCUGAUGGCCCGCAGGAGCUCCGUCAAUGCCUGACAAGACAAUCAGGUCGCCUGUUUGGUGAAGGCAACUCGAAAUUGGAGACUGCAAACUCCAAAUUUAGUCGCGUUCGGUGGUGUGUAUCCACGUGAAUUGUUGUUACCACCAGAAGGCAGUACUACUAGGCUGGUUGAGCCAAACGGAACAUUCCUUCGAGCUGUCUGAAAAGUGUACUUCGAUCUGCCUAGGUUCUAGCCAAUGGUCAUGAUCACUACUACUAGUUCUUAGUCUU